UAGCAAACAGUAUUUGUUUUUCUCUUUCUGACUUCACUCUGUAUGACAGACUCUAGGUCCAUCCACCUCACUACAAAUAACUCAAUUUCGUUUCUUUUUAUGGCUGAGUAAUAUUCCAUUGUAUAUAUGUGCCACACCUUCUUUAUCCAUUCAUCUGUUGAUGGACACUUAGGUUGCUUUUGACAAGUUUUUUUUUUUUUUUUUUUGCUGUAUGCUGGCCUCUCACUGUUGUGGCCUCUCCCAUUGCAGAGCACAGGCUCCGGACGCGCAGGCUCAGCGGCCAUGGCUCACGGGCCCAGCCGCUCCGCGGCAUGUGGCAUCUUCCCGGACCGGGGCACGAACCCGUGUCCCCUGCAUCGGCAGGCGGACUCUCAUCCACUGCACCACCAGGGAAGCCCUGACAACUUCUUGCAGGAGUGACCAGGAUAUCACCUUUCAGAAGUAAUGCCCACAGAAAGCGGGAGUUGUUCAACUGCUCGCCAAGCAAAACAGAAACGCAAAUCUCACAGCCUUUCCAUACGAAGAACUAACAGCUCAGAGCAGGAGAGGACUGGCCUGCCGAGAGACAUGUUAGAGGGACAAGAUUCUAAACUGCCUUCCUCGGUUCGCAGUACUCUUUUGGAACUGUUUGGUCAAAUAGAAAGAGAAUUUGAAAACCUUUAUAUUGAAAACUUAGAAUUGCGCAGAGAAAUCGAGACUCUUAAUGACCGUUUAGCUGCCGAAGGACAAGCAAUCGAUGGGGCAGAGCUGAGUAAGGGCCAGCUCAAAACCAAAGCCAGUCACAGUACCAGCCAGCUUUCUCAGAAACUGAAGACUACCUACAAGGCCUCCACCAGCAAGAUCGUCUCCAGCUUCAAGACCACCACGUCCAGGGCAGUGUGCCAGCUCGUGAAGGAGUAUAUCGGCCACAGGGAUGGCAUCUGGGACGUCAGUGUGGCGAGGACGCAGCCUGUGGUGCUGGGGACCGCGUCUGCCGAUCACACGGCUCUGCUCUGGAGCAUUGAGACGGGGCGGAGCCUCGCCAAGUACACGGGCCACGUGGGGUCAGUAAAUUCCAUUAAAUUUCAUCCAUCAGAACAGUUGGCUCUCACCGCUUCUGGAGAUCAGACCGCCCAUGUCUGGAGGUAUGCGGUUCAGCUGCCCACUCCUCAGCCUGCAGCCGACACUAGUCAGCAGCUCUGUGGCGAGGACGAGGUGGAGUGCUCCGACAAGGACGAGCCCGAUGCAGACGCGGACGCAUCCAGCGACUGUCCCACCAUCCGGGCGCCACUGACAUCACUUAAGAGCCACCAGGGAGUGGUCAUAGCCGCCGACUGGCUGGUCGGGGGCAAGCAGGCGGUGACGGCCUCGUGGGACAGAACGGCAAACCUGUAUGACGUGGAGACGUCGGAACUUGUUCACUCCCUGACAGGGCACGAUCAGGAGCUGACGCACUGCUGCACACACCCGACCCAGCGGCUGGUGGUGACCUCCUCCCGCGACACGACUUUCCGUCUGUGGGACUUCAGGGACCCUUCCAUCCACUCCGUGAAUGUUUUCCAGGGCCAUACGGACACCGUGACCUCUGCCGUGUUCACCGUAGGAGAUAACGUGGUCUCCGGCAGCGACGACCGCACCGUGAAGGUCUGGGACUUGAAGAACAUGAGGUCCCCCAUCGCGACCAUCCGCACGGACUCUGCCAUCAACAGGAUCAAUGUGUGCGUUGGCCAAAAAAUCAUUGCCCUCCCCCACGACAACCGCCAGGUGAGGCUGUUUGACAUGUCGGGCGUGCGGCUGGCGAGGCUCCCACGCAGCAGUCGGCAGCUCCUGUGCAGUUUGAGAGCUGCCGUCCUGGAGAACCUUUUGCACUUGUGCACCAGGGGACGUAUGCAAGGUCGUAGCAGCAAACACGGGACAACCCAACACACAUCAGCAGGGACUGGCAAGCAAAUCAUGGUACGUCUACACAGCAAAAUAUUAUGUAACAAGAUGAGUGACCCACAUGCAGCUACGUGCAACUGUUGAUAUGUAUGAAACCUUGUGAGGCACGAGUCAGCCCAGCCACACGCGUGUGAUCAUGGCUAAGUAUUUCAUGUGAUGAAAACCCAGUGUUCCAAAUGGUCGUCUCGGGGCCAGGAGAGGGGGUGGGGUAGGAGGAAAGGGUGGGAUCAGGAAGGGCCCAGAGUUGGCAAUGUCCAGUUCCUGAUUUGGACAGUGGACACACAAGUGUGUGUUCCAGUUUUCACACUUUAUAACUUAAGUAUCUCUACAAAUAUUCCUUUAGUGUAUCUAAUAUCAUAUAAUCAAAAGAGUAAUGUAAACAAUUCUAAAGAGAAAGUGUGUUAUUCCAGAGAUGGAUCAAGUGAAUGCUGGUAAAAUGGGGAAAUUUGGAGUAAUAUUUUUGACUAUGUCAGUCUCAAGCUUAUUGCAUAACCCUAUUUUCUUUUUUCGCUUACAGACAUGUAGUUUUAUUCUAAAAUGUCUGAUUUUCAGUCAGUGUGUACCUUCCAUGGGAGGAAACGCAAAGCCAAUUUUAUUCCGAGAUAAUGUUCUUGAAAAACAACCGUCACCAAGGAAAUUGUCAAAAGGCAGAGUGUUAUGCUGUCAAAAUUGGGUUGUUGUCAAAUACAUUUUGGAAAUCCUGGCUUUAAAGUGGGAAAUGUAAUAAGGAUUUCAUUUACCAGGUGUGAUCGUAAAACAAUAAAAGUUUUCUUAUGUUCUCAUAAAAUGGGGACUGAAGGUAAUUUCAAAUCUAGGAGACAGUCCAAAAAUUGUGUUGAGCAGGUGCCACGUGUCAGAAUAAGAAUUUUUAUUCUCACAGUCUGUGUUUUGGGGAAAGAAGCAUUUAUUUGGCUAGGUGGAUAAGUUCUGGUAUAUUUGCUGAAAUAUAAUCAGUUUAUAAAUAUAAUGUAUAUGCAUUACUAAUAUCUUCUAGCUCUGAAUUGAUUCUCAAUAAAUAAAAAUGUCCUACUGGUUAACUUUUUUUUUUUUUUUUUUUUUGCUGUACGCGGGCCCCUCACUGUUGCGGCCUCUCCCGCUGCGGAGCACAGGCUCUGGACGUGCAGGCUUAGCGGCCAUGGCUCACGGGCCCAGACGCUCCGCGGCAUGUGGGAUCCUCCCGGACCGGGGCACGAACCCGUGUCCCCUGCAUCGGCAGGCGGACUCUCAACCACUGCGCCACCAGGGAAGCCCCCUACUGGUGAACUUUUAAUUUUCUUUUUCAGUGAUAAAAUUAAUUGUAUAUAUUCUAUAACUAAUCCGUCUCUGGUAUUAUAUGAACCUGAUUUUCCUUUUUUUAGAAAAGAUUUUAUUGUGGUCUGUGUAAAAUACACUGAACAUAUUUUGACAUAUUCUCCCACGAAAUCACCACCACAAUCAACGUAGUGCAGUUAGAACCCAAAAAGGUGUAUUCAUACCUGUGCAUUCCCUGCGUCCUGUGCCUCCAUACCCCCAUCCCUGUAGCCACUGGUCUUCUUCCUGUCACUAAAGAUUGGUUUGCGGGACUUCCCUGGUGGCACAGUGGUUAGGAGUCCGCCUGCCAAUGCAGGGAACACUGGUUUGAGCCCUGGUCCAGGAAAAGAUCCCACAUGCCGCGGAGCAACUAAGCCCGUGCGCCACAACUACUGAGCCCACGUGCCACGACCACUGAAGCCUGCGCGCCUAGAGCCCCUGCUCUGCAGCAAAGAGAAGUCACCGCAAUGAGAAACCCGUGCACCGCAAAGAAGAGUAGACCCCGCUCGCCGCAGCUAGAGAGAAAGCCCGUGUGCAGCAAUGAAGGCCUAAUGCAGCCAUAAAUAAAUAGGAAGGGAGGAAAGGAAAGGAAAAAGAAAAGGAAAGGAAAGGAAAGGGAAGGGAAGGAAGAUUGGUUUGCAUUGCCCAGAAUUUUAUAUAAAUGCAGUUACAUGGUCUCUACUUAUUUACUUGUUUUUGCCUUCAUUCAGAAAAAUUGUUUUGAGAUUAUUUUGUGUUAUUGCCUGUAUCAAUAAUUUAUCCUUUUUAUUGCUGAGUAGUAUUUCACGUAUGAAUGUGUCACAUUGUUUAUUCAUCCAGUUCCUGGCUGUUACAAAUAAAGCUGGUAUGAACAUUUA